AUGCUUCAGCUGGAGGUUUUGGAUUUGUGCUCAAACGAUAUUUAUUUGGGCAAAGACUGCUUACUGCUUGUUGUUACUAAGGCUCUAGCAGCUCACGAGGAUGCAGAGGAAACAGGCGAUGGACCUGAAAAGAAAAUAACUCGACUCGCGAUUGGUGUUGAAGGAAGUUUUGAUCCCGAAUAUGUAAAACGGAAGUACACAUACACAGACCACUAUAAUGUGGUGGUGUUACCUGACUACCACGUGUUCCCGUGGCCUAAUGAUGCAUUACCUGAAGUGGUAAGUCGGAAGGCUACGUUUGAUUUAGUAUAA